GGAGGGAGGGGCGAGGUUGAAUGCUUCGACGGGCGGAUGCUUGAUAAUGGGAGGGCGCGGUAUUCCGGACUUCAAUGGAGGGAUUGGAAAUCAAGGAUUGGACAGUUGUGCCAACUCGCAGCACCCCGGUAUCAAUAAACCCAAUGCAGCCGCGAUCGAGGCAAACAUGGAACGUCGACGGGGUUAUUUUACAACUCCCGGUGCGAAUGAGUGUGCUGGUCUGUUGACAUAGAUGGACAGAACGAGUCAUGGUGGGUAUGAACUUUGGAACUGGGUCUGGAACAAAACUGCCAAGAAAAGCAAUCUUU